UUGAGCUAAUAAAUGCACUAGGAAAAGUAUUGAAUACGUUUAAAGCUAUAAUUAACCUCUCUUUACAGCGUAAUAAUCUAUAAUAGUUGUUUAUUUGAACAAUGAACUCUGAAAUUCAUCCUAUAACCAGUCGUUGGAUGCAGGGACGACAGCAUGCCCAAAAUUUCAGGUGGUAGUGAGGCUGAUCCGGGUUCAGUUCCCUAUCAGGUGUCCCUGCAAGAUACUUCUGGGCACAUAUGUGGAGGUUCCAUUAUCGCUGAUCUCUGGAUACUGACUGCAGCUCAUUGUAUUGACGGGACAAACUCAUCGCAAUUGGAAGUUCUAGUUGGAACAAACAGUCUUGAAGAAGGUGGUCAGAGAUAUAAAGUGGCAAAGUCAAUAGUACACAUCCGUUACGACAAGCCAAAGUACCACAAUGACAUCGCAUUGAUCAGGCUGGCUUUAAAACUGGAGUUCAAUGACAAUGUGACCGCUAUUCAGUGUUACACAAAAGACGUUCCGGAAAAUGCGACCUUGACCGUAACCGGAUGGGGUUUGACAUCUAUGAACGGACCGAUUCCGACGCAGCUACAAACGAUAGACGUUCGACAUGUGAGCUACGCGGAGUGCAAACGGCUUCACGGUAAUUCAACGGCAGUUGGUAUUGAACAUAUAUGCACGGCUUCUGAAGCUGGAGAAGGUUUUCGUAAGGGUGAUUCUGGCAGCCCUCUGACGUAUCAAGGAAAACUGGUUGGUGUUGUAAACUUUAUGAAGAAUGGAGCUUUGAGGCUUCCAGGCGUAUAUGCUCGAGUAUUAUAUUACCAUGACUGGAUUCGUACUAAUAUCAAUAACUAAAUGUGAUUGCCGAAAUUGACUAAACUUUCUGACAAUUUCAAUCUAUUUCAUUUCCAUUCGUUAAGAUCUGUUGUAAACGAGACAGUUUUGCUAUCUCAAAGGUACACAAAAUGCACGCAAGCUAUAUUGCGUCCUACACUUCCAAUUAUUUAUGUAAAUGAUCUGAUGAUGACAAAGAUGAUACAUUAUACAAUAUAAAUACAGUUUUCAUCCUUCAGCUCUAGACUAACUGGAAUAAAAAAUUGAAGCAGUGAAACACAUCAAAAGUAUUCACGGCGCGUGUGAUCUCACCAGCUAACCGUGGUCCAUUUAUUUUUACAAAAACUAAAAGCCCCUAAAAUUAUACCUAUCAACAUUUAAAACAAACACAUUUUGGGGUAAAAUUACGUGAUAUGCGAAAUUCAACAUGAAAUGUAAUGUAAACAUAUUUAACACACACAAAUAAGAAAAACACCCCCUUAAAUGAAAAAUUAUCUCAAAAACUCAACGUAGGAGUUAGGUAUUUUUACCAAAGAAUGUGUAUGCAAAGUUUGAAAGAAAUCGGUUAAGUAGUUUUUGAAUGGCAGCUAACACCGCUAAUCAUGUUUUUUCCAGAGACGUUGUACAAAAAGCUUCGUCACCGAGUCGUUUGUCGAUAUUUUUGC